AUGCAGGUGGAUGGCUCGGAACGGGAUGAAGUUGAGGACCAAGAGUACGAGCCAGGACUCGAGGAAGAGGAAGAAGAAUCAAGGAAAGUCGUCGUCAGACAACGGAAGGCAGAGAAGAGGAAAACUUCAGUAAAGGCCAGAAACGACAAGAAGAAGGUGAAGUCCGAGGAUAUAUCUGCAGCCUGCGCCAUUUUUAAGAAAGAAUGGGAGAUGAAUCAAAUCAAAGAAGAAGAAGCGAAGAACUCGAUGUGGGACUCAAUUCCAUAUGGAACUCGGGGAGGCAGUAUGGGUGAAUUGGAGUGGUCGUCCACAAACACGACACGGUCUUUAGUUUUGUUAAUUAUUCAUAAUUAUCCAAUAUAG